AGUAGGUGAAAGAGGUGCUCGCUCAGGCUUUCUCCUUCGCUGGUGGGGCCUUCACGUGACACCUGCUGGGUUAAUAGCCCGCUUAAACCCGGGUGUGCCUUCCUCUUCCUGUAGUUCCUCCUCCUCCUCCCUUACCUUUACCUCCAGCACCCCAUGUCUCAGUACUGCCGCCCGCCGCCCAGCCGGCCGGACGCGAUGGACUUGCCCGUGAGAUUCCCUCCUAAAAGUAACUCCUGGAGAGCCAACAACAGUACUAUGGUGGCGGCCCAUCCAGAAUCUGAUCUGAUGGAGGAGUGCCUGAAAGAAGACUUGAGAUUUUACUUCAUGAAUCCAUGUGAAAAGUAUCGAGCCAGACACCAGAUUCCAUGGAAAUUGGGACUGCAGAUUUUAAAGAUUGUAAUGGUGACAACACAGCUAGUUCUUUUUGGUCUGAAUAACCAGCUGGUGGUCUCUUUCAAAGAGGAUAAUACUGUGGCUUUUAAGCACUUGUUUCUAAAGGGAUAUUCUGGUACAGAUGAAGGUGACUGCAGUUGCAGUGUCUAUACCCAGCAAGAUGUCUAUGAAAGCAUUUUUUUUGUCAUUAACCAGUAUCAUCGUUUAAAGACUAUAUCCUUGGGCAUGGUUGGUUAUGAAAAAAAUGAAGAUGAUUCAAUGGGCUUGAAAGUGUGCAAACAAAAUUACAAGAAAGGCAUUGUGCUCCCAUCCAAUUAUACCCUCAAUAUAGACAGUGAAGUUGAAAUAGAUUGUAUCCACUCAGACCAGGUUCCUGAUAGUGAGAAUUCAGGACAUUGGAUGAAUUCUUCAUUUUUCAGUCUAGAAUUUUAUCGGCUUUUACAAGUUGAAAUCUCCUUUAACCUCAAAGGCAUUGACCUACAGACAAUCCAUUUUCGGGAACUACCAGACUGUUAUGCCUUUCAUAACACUAUUACCUUUAACAAUAAAGCUCACAGUGGUAGAAUAAAAAUCUAUUUUGAUACUGAGGCCAACAUUCAGGAGUGCAAAGGUCUGCACAUAUCUGGAUCAAGUCAGAAAAAUACCCAAUACAUCCUGAUGUUCGAUGUGUUUGUUAUUUUGAGUUGCUUUUCUUCACUUAUUUUGUGCACCAGAUCCAUCGUGCUGGCCCUCCGAUUGCAAAAAAGAUUUAUAAGGUUCUUCCUGGAGAAAUAUAAAAGACGUGUGAGUGAUGCUGACCGCUGGGAGUUUAUCAACGGAUGGUACAUUCUCGUGAUCAUCAGUGACCUAAUGACCAUCAUUGGAUCAAUAUUAAAAAUGGAAAUCAAAGCAAAGAAUCUCACAAGUUAUGAUCUCUGCAGCAUUUUGCUUGGAACAUCCACUUUGUUUGCUUGGGUUGGAGUCAUCAGAUAUUUGGGUUAUUUCCAGACAUACAAUGUGCUCAUUUUGACGAUGCAAGCUUCACUACCCAAAGUCCUUCGCUUCUGUGCCUGUGCUGGGAUGAUUUACCUGGGAUACACUUUCUGUGGCUGGAUUGUCAUAGGACCCUAUCAUGAGAAGUUUGAAGACCUGAGCACAGUGGCCGAAUGUUUGUUUUCUCUGGUGAAUGGGGAUGACAUGUUCGCAACCUUUGCCCAAAUCCAGCAAAAGAGCAUCUUGGUGUGGCUCUUCAGUCGUGUGUAUUUAUAUUCUUUCAUCAGCCUUUUUACAUAUAUGAUUCUCAGUCUCUUCAUUGCACUUAUCACAGACUCCUAUGACACCAUUAAGAAAUACCAACAGAAUGGCUUUCCUCAAACGGAUCUUCAAGAAUUCCUAAAGGAAUGUGGUGGCAGCAAGGAAUACAAGAAACAAGUCCCCACAUCUGUGACCUUUCUCUGCUGCUGUCAGAGGCAAGAAAGUGAUGACAAUUUGAUACUUAUUAACUAAGGACCUGCUGGCCAAAGAGAAUGGAAUUUCAGGCUUCCUUACACCAUGGAAAUGAAGGGUGGGACCAGGCUAUUGUUGUUGAAACAGUCCCCCACAUUGCAGAGAGACAGAGUUUGGACCUGGGUUUCCAUAAACAGACUGGUUUACUGAACUGCGGAGUGGGAAAGUGGAGUUGCAAAUUGCUGCUGCCUGCUGGCUGAAGGACUGGAGCUACUUUUUUAUGAACUUGGAUUACAAAGAAUAGACCACCCAUCUCUAGGAGUUUAAGUACUUUAGGAUAGAGACAACUAAUUAUUAUUUUUUUCAAUCCGUUCGUGUUCUUAUUUAUAGGAUGAAACAUUCAGUGGAGAGGUGGGGGAAAUAGGGAAAGGAAGUAAAAUAAACAUUACAUAUUUCAAAAAGUGUAAAACGGUGGUGUUGUUCGUGGUCAAGAUUAAGAGGAAGAAAAGUAAUACUUAGAUGGGAAGAAAAGUGGGACUUAGUUUAGAAGAUAUUUUAAUAAUUUGCACGUCAGUCAGGUUAGUUGCUGGACUAAAUUAAAAAGACUCCUAACUGAAGACCAUGAAAGAUAUAUUUUAAGCCAUUAAAAAUAUGUUGUUUAAAACUAUUAAAAUGAACUAAAGCAAUUUGCUGUCAUUAGAGAUAUUUCUUGAUCUGAUUUAAAAUUUUUUUUCCCCUGUGUGUAUGGUUUUUUUUCCCUAUUUCAAUGUUAACUUAGAAAUCUUAAUCUUAAUGGGCUGGCUCGUGUAUUAGCUGGAGACUGGCUCAUUUGAACCAUCCCUACCAUUCAGGUUACUUGGUAACUGCACACUAACCUAAUUGAGGGUCAGGGGGAGGAGACACGGUUGUUGCAUGGACAGUUCAUAUUUUAAUGUAAACCAAUUCCAGAUUGAACAUCAUUAAUAUACUGUUUACUCUUCAAGUUAUGAUAACAUGGCAGUUUGUUAAAUCAAUAAAUAUAUUUUUAUGACAA